AUGGCAGCUGAGCUACAACCACCAGAAGCCCUGAUAACCGCUGGCCCAACGGCCGGAACAACGACCACGACUGCAACGACGAUUGCGGCAACAGAUACGGCGACGUUUGUACCGUCGGCCGACUACCAGGGACAAGCUUUGGCCCCAAAACGGCAACGCCGACCCAGUGUCCGAUUGGGGGAGAUCGGGGACCAGCCGGCCACGCUCUCAUAUGAAUCUCACGUACGACGAACCAAACAACAACCCUUGAGGCUCCCCAAGGACCACUCCUCUAAGUCCUUCAAGGCUCGGUCCCUGAUCAACCUUGUCAACGGUGGUGAUUCCCAGGAUAUCCAAGAGCCAGCGGAAGAUAGGAACCAAAACGGCGAUGGAAAUCUUGAAUUCGCGAACCGGAAGAAGGCGAAGCGGGGCGCGACGAAGCGGGCCCGAUCCACUUGGGUCUCGAGAGUCGAAGAAGGAGCCGCGGCCGAGGGAGACAGCAGAGAAGACGGUAACCACAACGAAGGGUUCAGAGAUUUCGAUCCCGACUCGGACAGUCAGCUGAAGGAACACAGUCCCGUCCACUCAGUCGACAACGUGGUGCUCGAUUCGUGGCACGGGGUUAGACGGCAAGGUCGGGCUAGGGUUUCGGAAAGUCGCGAAAACGACGCCGUUGAUUUGGACAAUUUUCCUGAGUCCGACUCGAGGGACCGGAAGUGUGGGACGAGCGAGGGAGUGAGGUCGUGGCUGAUCGAAUUGGGGUUGAGCCGGUACGCGCCGGUGUUUGAGAUACAUGAGGUGGACGACGAUGUUUUGCCGAUGUUGACACUGGAGGAUCUCAAGGAUAUGGGAAUCAAUGCGGUCGGGUCCAGGCGGAAAAUGUAUUCCGGUAUACAAAAGCUUCGCAAGGGGUUUUCGUGA